AUGUUCCAAGAUACUCUGGCACCUCCAACAAAGACGUGGAUUGAUUUCGGUGUCGUCAUCUACACGGAUUGCCUUUCGCCACCUAAACAUCAACUAGGUCUAAUUCUUCAACAAUUGCCUGUUGGCGUCGAUCCGCAACCCCAUAAUUUCCACGCCUUCAUCAGCAAGGACAUCCACAGCGACGUCUUCGUACUCACUCCGAAUUCUUCUGCUUCUCAAUUCACGAAUAUGGCUCCCGGCACCGUCGCCAGAUUAUGUUGCACUGUCCGAUCUCCUGCCACUGGCUCAAAUGCCAUACGCACAGGUCCAGUCUGGUCCGAUUACGAUCUGGCCUUCGUGCUCGGAGUCAGGAAAGUGCUCGGGAUCUAUUUCUUGUGUCGUAUGGGCUUUGAUGACUCGGACAUGAAAGAGGUCUUGGCCGGCAAGAUCGCUGAAUUUACGCUUCUCUCGAAAUUACGGCACUCUUCUGCGUCUUGGGUCGAUGAUAUACUGCACCAGAUUCUUCCCUCUCCCUGCUAUCGCAUGCCGUGGCUCCAAGAACUCCGAUCAGUAGGCACCGCCGUUGCGCUCCGGCAGUUGGACUAUUACCGGCUGGACGCCUUGAUUACCAUCGGAUACUUAGUCCACGAAGAUGCUAUUACGCGCAAGGACUCGACAGUCAGGAUUUAUGAGGGGCGUACGUUCAGGUUUUACGGCGACAAAGAGUACGUGGGGCGGGUGGUAGCCACGAUAAGGGAGGAGGAUGCACUCGAACUUCCGGUGGGGUAUUUGCAUCGUUGCAUUGCUUAG